CCUGCAAUUGAAAGUUGAAACCCCACGCCAUUACCAAAUUCGAAACCCUAAUUUAUUUCUUAUGGAUACGACUCCUGUGCUUCUCAAGAAGAAAGAAGAAAUGAGUAAUCCCGUGGAUUUAUCAUCUCUACCAGAGGAGGAAAGACAACAACUUCAAAAGCUUCAAGAAAGAUUUAAAGAACAUCAACAACAGCAGCAGCAGCAACAGCAAGUCGCAAAUCAUCCAUCGCAGGUUCAAAUUCAGCCGCCUUACGACCAACAAUAUCAACCUUAUUACGGAUAUUAUCCUUACCAACCACCACCGGCGCAAUCCUCAUUGCAACAUCCUCCAUUUCCACCUGAUCAUCAACAUUAUUACCAUGACCAUCGAUUGCAACCCCAACAACAACAGUAUUACCACACAGAGAAUACCAAUGCCUACCAUCAACCAGAUCCUCAUCCACAACAACACCCACCUCAAAUUGUCCCAAUUUCUCAUCCUCAAUCUCAGCCUAUGCCUCCGCCGGCAGGACAGAUUCAGGUGCAUCAUCAACAUAAUGUUUAUUAUCCGCAAAAUGGUAGGGGUGAUGGAGAUCAGCAGCAAUCUGGUCCUUUGAAUCCAGCUGCAGCCGCAGCUGUGUCUGCAUUGUCGCAACUGAUGCAGUUUGCUGGGACUAUGGGAGAUGCAGAGAGGGCAUUAACGAUGAUUGGAUUGCAAGCUAGUGGAAUUGCUGGAUAUGGCCGGCCGCUACACCAAGAUCCUGAGUCAUUUUUACCAAUGGCUGGUCAAUCUAUGUACAUGGGAGGUGAUAUAAGGGGCGGCGGUUUAUCUUUCCCAAACAACCCCGAAGGAAGAAUUAGGCAAAGAAUUGGCAAGGGUAAAAUUGGUCCUAAACUGCCAUAUUUCCCAUCAUCUAUGCCAGAACCAACCGCUGCAAACAAGCUUCAGACUCCAGCCGCAUGGUGCGAUCUCUGUAAGGUUGAAUGUACAAGCCUCGAAAUCCUUAAGCAACACAAGAACGGAAAGAAGCACAUGAAAAAUCUUGAAAAAAGCGGGACAUCUUCUUCUUCUGCUGUCGUGCAAAACAAUCAGAACAAUACUUCGACGACUCCUGUAGUAAUUGAUAGUAAUGCCCAACCGCAAGUUAAUGUAGAGAAUAGCAAUAACACAGUAGCUGGUCAAAAGCGCGAAUCAAACCACAAAACGAAAGCUGCUGCUGGUGGUGCUAAGAGAGCGAAACUAUCUGAUAUGCAUAAUCGUGCAUUCGAGAAUCCAAGACCGAAAGUGGUGGUUCCAUUAUUGUGCGGUCUAUGUAAUAUCAAGUGCGAUACACAAGAAGUUCUUAACAAACAUUUAUCUGGGAAAAAACAUAUCUCGAAACUGAGACGAUAUGAACCUCAACAUCAUCAAAUGGCUUAUGAACAAACAGGGAUCCAAUCUCUGUACCAUCUUAACGCACCAAUUGGAGUACCGCCGCAUCAUCCUUUGCAUUUUCCUCAAGUUCAUCAACCUCAAUCGUAUUACCCUCCUCUUCUUCCCGCUGCUGCUCAUCAUGGGAUUGUGCCCUUUGCUGAAGGUAAUCAUCAUAAUCAUCAGACUGGCUGAAUUUACUUUAGGGUAAUUUGAAAUCUAAAAUUCUUCUGUUUUUAAGACUAGUGUUCUCAUCAAAACUAAAGACAAUGAUUUUUUGUUUUUUUUCCUUCAUUUAGUGGAACAUCCUUUAUGAGACU